UUUACAUUUAAGACGUGGAACAGGACGUCUGUCGGGUCCGCUAGUACAUGAUAAAUUUCUGAUAAUGAAGAAUUUGAAUGGUUUCCAUGGUAACCAAGGAAAUCAAGAUGAAACGUGAAGCAAAAACGCUGUUCGCUGUUAUUAUUAGUGGUUUGUGUUUAUAAUUGUGAAAUUUGAUAGUCAUUAAUAAAUAAAAUAAAAACUGAUUUGCUCCAAUUUGGAAAAUGAGAAAAAACCGUACUCUUGGCAGAAACACGAAAGCUUUUUAUCAAAUCAAGGAGUAAAUAGCUCUAUUUUAAUUUAAAUAUGUCAAAUUUUUCAACUGCUCCAAAGUUAUAUCUUGAAUCUAGCAGAAAAUAGAGUGUAGACGAAAGAAGAACAGUCUUUAAUGGUUAGAAAGCUGAGAAGUGUCCAUCUGGAAACAGAAAAUUUUUGUUCGAAGAAUAACGAAAAAAGCGCCAUGUACACCACCAUUCAUACCUUUUUUGUUUUUAUGUCUGGUUCUCAUAGAGGGCGCUAGUUACACGGACCAAGUAGUAAUGAACAUAACUUUUUCAAUAUUAAAUGUAUUUAGGUAACAAAAUUUCAGGUGAAUUUCGACAUCGACAAGAAAUGUUCUUGAUUUUAGGUCUCUUCUAUUUUAAAAUUAGUUUAUUCAAUAAUAUAGGUAUUUAAUAAUUUAAGUAAAAUCUAUAUCUCUAUUUUGUAGAUUUUCAUAAAACUACAAAUAAUUUAAUUGAUUAAGUACUGUUACAUAUUUUGAGAUUGAAGAGUGAGGAAAAAAUUAAUUUUUCUAAUUAGAACAAAUUUCUAUUUUGAUUAUAUUUUUAUUUUGAUCUUCAUGAUGUAGGUGAUCUAUUGAUUAAUAUAAAUUGUAUAUAAAAAAUUGUCAGUGUCAAUUUUAUCAUAUUUUGGUAAAGACUUAAAAUUAGUUGAAAUGUCAAUUUUUUAUCAAUAUAUCAAAAAUUAUUAAAAGCCAAUUUUAAAACAAAAGAGAUCUAAAUCAUUAUAUUUUAAGAAUUUUAAGGAGUAAUGGAAGCAGCAGUGAUCACUUUGCGUCUGUUGACCAUAUUUCGAAAAUUUGAAAUCUUAACUUAAAACUCGUUUUCAAGACUCUAUUUAACGCCUAACUACACUAAGCACAACACUGCAUAGUCGAAAUAGAGCCCACAAAAUGAAAAUAAUGAGGUCUAAAAACUAACAAAUAACUUCACAAAGCGAAUAAAUAUACACAUAAGUUUAUGGCAAAAUCAUUUCCUUGUCCCACGGUGGCCAUUUUUAUAUGGGCAUCAGUUCAUUCAUUUUGACAGUUCGUUAAAUGUCUAUUAUCAAUGUGACUCGCUUUAAUUUCUUAUUUUUACUUAUAACAAACAACUACGGAAUAUAGCCAAUAUAUGAAUACUUAUAUCAUUUUCAGCACCAUCCUAGUGAAUUAAUUGUAUAAAAAGAACCAUAAAAAUUUUUAUAAGGAAUAAGGAUCACCUUAGAAUAAGUAUUGUUUUUUCUAUGGUUAGUAUACACUUUAAAAAGAGAAGAAGUUCUUAUUUUCGCGCUCUGACAAUUCUUUAAACUGUAAAAAUAUUUCUCAACAUUUUAUUAGUGGGAAUUUUAUUUUUUAAUGGUGAAUUUUGAAUAGAACGUGAAUUAAUAUCAUCUGGAUAUGUCAAGCCAAGAAAGUGCUAGUCAAAGCACAGUUCGUAGUGAAGAUGAUACGUUUAAUAUACUUGUAGCUACAGAUAUCCAUUUAGGUUAUGCUGAGGAUGAUCCUAUUAGAGGUUCUGAUACAUUUGAUACCUUUGAAGAAAUUCUUCAAAUUGCCGUUAGAGAACAAGUAGAUUUUAUUCUGUUAGGGGGAGAUCUAUUCCAUUACACACAACCUUCUCCUUAUUGCAUUAAUAAAUGCAUACAACUUAUUAAACAAUAUUGCCUGGGAGAUAAACCAGUAGCCAUUGAAUUCUUGUCAGAUCCCAGUCAAAAUUUUACUCAGUGUGUAAAUCCUGUCGUUAAUUACGAAGAUCCCAACUUAAAUAUAUCUAUACCAAUAUUUUCAAUACAUGGCAAUCACGACGAUCCAACAGGGAAAAAGCACAUUUCUGCAAUAGAUUUACUCUCAACAUCUGGACUUGUUAACUAUUUUGGUAGAUGGAAUAGUUUUGAUAAGGUCCACAUAUCACCAAUUUUGUUGAAAAAAUCUAAUUCAAAGUUAGCACUGUAUGGCUUAUCUCACAUCAGAGAUGAACGACUGGGUAGACUAUUUUUGGAUGAUAAAGUGAAAAUGUUCCAUCCACAAAAUAAGGAUGAAUGGUUUCAUCUUCUAGUAUGGCACCAAAAUAGAGCCACCAGGGGAACUAAAAACUUUAUUCCAGAUAAUUGCCUUCCCAGUUUCUUGGAUCUAGUAAUCUGGGGACAUGAACAUGAUUGUAGAAUAAAUCCAGAGAGAAAAAAUAAUGAUGUCUUUAUUUCCCAACCUGGAAGUUCAGUGGCAACAUCAUUAAUAGAAGGAGAGUCGAUUCCUAAAAAAGUGGGUCUAUUGAAAAUUAAUAAAAGUGACUUCAAAAUUAUUCCAAUUGAACUGAAGACUGUUAGACCAUUUGUAUAUGGUGAAAUGACUAUUAAAGAUGAUUUGCAAAUGGAUUUUGAUCCCCCUUCUUCCAGUAACAGCAUGAUGGAAAUAGUUGGCAAGAAAGUUGAUAUGAUGAUAAGUGAAGCUAAAGGCUUAGGUCGUACAGCUGUGGUUAGUGAAAAACCUCUUAUCCGUUUAAUUAUAAAAUAUAAAAGUGAUAAAAACGUAUUUAAUACCAUAAGAUUUGGCCAAUUUUAUGUAGAUAAAGUAGCAAAUUCAGAUAAUAUGGUAAAAUUCCAAUUGAUUAGAGAAUAUAUGAGAAAAAACAAAGGACAAAAUACGGAUGAUCCAGAAGAUGAACAACCACAGGGUCCCUUAUUACCAGAUAGGGUAGAAGAUUUAGUAUCCGAAUAUUUAAGUGGUAAAAAUACUUUGAAAUUAUUUCCUUUAAAUAUUUUAAAUGAAGCAGUAAAGAAGAGUGUCGACUCUAAUGAUGCUAAUGCCAUAUCAGAUGUAACUGAUAAUUUUAUCAAAAAAAUGCUCAAAGACUUGGAAAAAGAUAUGCCUGAAAUUGAGAACACUGAAAUCUGUAUAGAUACGUUGAGACAGAAUAUGGAAGAACAUUCUCGUGGUUUUGUUGAAAACGUUUGUGAAAAUCCAAAGAGACAAAAAAAGAAUCUCAUUGAUGAUAAUGAAAAUGAUGAUGAAGUUUUAUCAGAUAGCGACGAUAGAAUAAAUAAAACCAAAAAAACAGCUGGGAGAGGUAGAGGCUCCACGAGAGCAAGAAGAGGAAGAGGAUCAGCUUCUACUAAAAAAAAUAAUAAUGAAGAAAGUGAUAACAAUAUUGACGAUGAUAGUGAUGAAAGUCAAUUUUCAAUAUUUGGUAUUAAAAAUAUAACUAAACCAACAGGUAAGGGGUCAAGGGGCGGAAAAGGACGAGGCAAAAAAUAACUUCCUUCAACUUCUCUUUUCUAUUUUUUUUAAAUAAUGCCAUAUUUUCAUGUUUAAAUUUUGUUUGUAAUAUAAAAAAAAAAUUUAA